AGAAGCCGUCUCUGAAUCGAGGUAGCCUGGUGGCUUCGGUAGCCUCGCUCUUUUUUCUCUCAGAGGGCCAGCUCCGUUCCCCGUCUUUCCUCUCUUUCCGAGUCUCAUUUGUUCGAAACAAGAGUUUGGCGUCCACCACUACAGACUGAAAGCGGAUUCUCCAUUGAACAUAGUCAUGGGCCUCUUGAAGAAGACCAAGAGCUUUUGGCAGAUAAAAAGAACGCCGAAUUCGCACGUUGCAGCGACACUGCCACCACUCAAUGAAGUCGACACUCCUCCACUACCUUCUAACCAGCAGGAUCCUAGUCGUCAAAUACCUCAGCGAACACCGGACCCAGCCCGACUCGUAACGGCCGAGAAUAUACGGGAGCUUAGAGAGAGAAUUCGCUAUCGGUACAGUUUGGAUGUCGAAAUCUUGAAGCAAAGAAACGUCAAGCCAUAUAUGCGCGGGAAUCUAGAAGAGAACAUAAGGAAAUCAGUAGCUGCGCUUGCAGACAUACGGAAGAUGGUGCAAGGUUGGGACCGACGAGAGUUCUUUGCCACUGACUUGGAAUAUGAGAAGUUCCAGGUAAUCAAGAGCCGCCUGUUGGAUGGCAACAAGAUAAAUUGGGAAAAGACCAAGCCGUGGGAGUUGGACCUAAGUAACAUGGUCCCUCUUCGAGCCCCACACGAGAUGAGCGGUCGGACAGAGUCGACGGCACAGCGGUCAGCGCCUUCGUCAUUUGACAGUCGUCGGCCCCCUCGGGAACGUCCAGAUGAUGUGCCUUUUGCACGGCAAACCCAGAGGCCCGAGCGAGUGUCUGAUCGAAAUCCUUCGCAGCGAAGCCGGUUCGCUACAGACCCUUCACGGCAGACGCAGCAUGUUGCGAACACUCCACAACAAGAGCAACACGGUGCGCACAACUCGAGGCAAGCUCCGUAUAUCACGAAUCCUGCCCCUCAAAUCUAUCGUGCGGCAGAUCCCGUGAGGCGGAGCCAACGUGUCGAAGGUCUGCCGCAGCAAGACAUGUAUGCUCUUGUAUCCCCGCCACAAAGCGACCUCUCUCUGCUCUCACAGAGAAGCGAGCUCGGUGUGAGAUCGCCACCGCCGAGCGAGCUAGCUCCAGGUUCUCCGUCGGCGGCCAGGUAUGCGCCAUACGUUCCGCCAGAUGCUUACAGGACGCAGUCCUAUAUGCAAAACACCCAGUCCGCGGCACAAUAUGGCAGUGUUCCAUACUCACAGCCUGGCGGAGUUGUGGCAGCCACACCUAGGCAAACUGAAGGGUUACGACUGUCUCGGCAAAGAGAUAGUCGGGUUGUAUCAGCUCCAACACCACAUAUCCGAUUGAUCGCGCCUACACCACCGGUGGGUCGAAGAGUCUUGUCGGACCCAUCCCAUAUUGACGAUGCCGGUGAUGGAUUGAUACGCAUAGAUAGUCCUGUCCCAAGGGGUCGAGUCCAAGGUCCUCCGUCAUCUCAACACAGUGCCCCCGGGUAUUGAGGAGCCAGAGAACGUAGUCUUGCGCAUUCUUGCCCGAUUCAUCUUCUUUCAUAGACACAGUUUACAGUGAGGAUCUGUACGACCCCAUUCCGAAGGGCGCCUCUU